CGCCUCCGGUCCCCGGCCGUGGGCACCGGGCCGAGCACGGCGUCCCCACGCCAUCAAUGUGUCUUAGAGCCGGAGAGGCUGGUUUCCGAGGACCCACAGUCGCUCCUGCACGCCCACCCCCCGCAAAUGGGCGGCCAGGAGGGUCGCGUCGAGGGGGCGCCGCCGGGAUGUUUAGAGGAACCCACCCCCGUGGCAGGCCAAGGGCCAAGGAUCGCUAUCCUUCCCUGAACCCGGGCGCUCAGCUGGCCCGGGUACGGGGCGGGCUCCGGCCGCCGAAAAGGGCUUGGCUGUGGCCGGUGGCCGGGGACAUCUCUAGCUUGCGCCCGAGCACCCCGGGGUGUGGGGUCAGAGGCAGACCGACCUCGGGCGUGCAUACCGCCCGCCCUGCACCCGAGCGCUCUCGCCCGGUCUUCCCUGAAGCCUGUGUAUUGCGACCGAGCCUCUUUAAAGCGGUAGCGGGGCCCGCGGUCACGUGAGGCCGAUUCCUGGAAAGUUCCUGGAAAGCGGCCUCCGCAGCAGCCGGGCGGGGCGCGAGCGGAGCGCUGACUGGGGAGGGAGGCGGGGAGCAAGGGAGGCGCGUCGGGCUGGGAAGUCGCGCGCACUCGCUGCUCCUGGGACCGACGUUUAACUCUUGCCAAGUCUCGUCGCAGCCGCCGCGGCUGGCGGGCCUUGGGCUUUCCCUGAAGCAUGAGCCCUCUCGCCCGCAGCCACCCUCACCGCGUGGCCCGCGGACAGUGCGCGCCGGGAUCUCGGGCGCACAGCCUCAGGAUCCCCCGUGCCCGCAGCUCGGGCGCCCGCGGCAGGCGAUCAGUGGGUGACCGCGGCUGCGAGGGACUUUGUCAUCCGUCCUCCAGGAUCUGGGGAGAAAGAGCCCCAUCCCUUCCCUCUCUGCCACCAUUUCGGACACCCCGCAGGGACUCGUUUUGGGAUUCGCACUGACUUCAAGGAAGGACGCGAAUCCUUCUCUGACCCCAGCUCGGGCGGCCACCUGUCUUUGCCGCGGUGACCCUUCUCUCAUGACCCUGCGGUGCCUCAAGCCCUCCGGGAAUGGCGGGGAAGGGACGCGGAGCCAGUGGGGGACGGCGGGGUCGGCGGAGGAGCCAUCCCCGGAGGCGGCGCGUCUGGCGAAGGCCCUGCGGGAGCUCGGUCAGACAGGAUGGUACUGGGGAAGUAUGACUGUUAAUGAAGCCAAAGAGAAAUUAAAAGAGGCACCAGAAGGAACUUUCUUGAUUAGAGAUAGCUCGCAUUCAGACUACCUACUAACAAUAUCUGUUAAAACAUCAGCUGGACCAACUAAUCUUCGAAUCGAAUACCAAGACGGAAAAUUCAGAUUGGACUCUAUCAUAUGUGUCAAAUCCAAGCUUAAACAAUUUGACAGUGUGGUUCAUCUGAUCGACUACUAUGUUCAGAUGUGCAAGGAUAAGCGGACAGGUCCAGAAGCCCCCCGGAACGGCACCGUUCACCUUUAUCUGACCAAACCGCUCUACACGUCAGCACCAUCUCUGCAGCAUCUCUGUAGGCUCACCAUUAACAAAUGUACCGGUGCCAUCUGGGGACUGCCUUUACCAACAAGACUAAAAGAUUACUUGGAAGAAUAUAAAUUCCAGGUAUAAAUGUUUCUCUUUUUUUAAACAUGUCUCACAUAGAGUAUCUCCGAAUGCAGCUAUGUAAAAGAGAACCAAAACUUGAGUGCUCUGAAUAACUAUAUGGAAUGCUUUCUAAGAACAGCUGAAGCUAAUCUAAUUUAAAUGCUUGAAGAGGUAGUUAGGUGUUUAAAGUUCCUCCAGAUACUUUUACCUGAGUGAUGCUUCCCUUCCUAAGGCUGACCAAGACCAGUUGAUCCUUUUAGAUUAAAAAUAAAAUGUCUCAUGUAAAGCCUGAAGGCGCGUUUUAUCAGAAUGCCUUGCCUUCUUAGGUUCCUUUCCAUUAUAAUUGUCAAAGGUCCAGGCUCCAGCAGGUGAGAAAGAACUCCUCAUAGGAAUACUGAAGAAGUGGGAGGAGCCAAGCUGACACAGGCCUCACUGCAAUUUGAUAUGCCUGCUGAUCAGAGUCUUUUGGGCAUUUUAUAUUUUGCAUUCUGAUGUACCUAGGAGUUUUGUUAAACAGAUUAUGUAAGUGAGUAUUUAUCGCAUUUUAUGCAAUUAACCAAAUCAACCAAAAAAAGUGACCAUAAAGUCCUGUAUUUGUCUUUUUACUACAUGUAUGAACUCUCAUGUGAAUGAGUACUGUAGUAAUCCAUUUUAAGGGAGCCUUAUUUCAGAAAUAUUUCAAACUGGUGCAAAUGGAAAAGACUUUCUCUUUUCCUUUAAGGCUAAAGACAAGAAUGUCAUGCUAUACAGGUGCAACUCAAUCCCUGUUAAUAAAAACCAAUGUAGGUAUAGGCAUUUUACCCUUUGAAAUAGCUGUGUCCCAACCUGUUGCCAUUGAUUUUUUGGAAAUGGCUUUAGAAAUAUCCAAGUUGUCCCUGAAUUGUCUAACCAUGGACAUAAACAGUUGUCUCCCUUCUACUGUGUAGAAUACUUUGACUUAAUUUUCUUCCAGAUGCAGGGGGAUACCUGCCUGUUUUUCAAAGUGUUUAUUUACUGCUGUUACUAUUUGAUUAGAAUGUAUUAAAUAAAAAAAACCUGAUUUCUA